CCAUUUUCUACUCCACAACAUUUUCUCGGCAGCCAAACCCCCAAAACAUCUCGUAAAAUGGCGAAGAAGAACAAGGAGAGGAAAGUAAACGUAUCUGGUAAACCAAAACACUCGCUAGACGUGAACCGAAGCGAUGGCAAGAACAAUUCGAGAACCGCCGCCACGGUUCGCCGCCUCAAGAUGUACAACACACGACCCAAACGUGACACCAAAGGGAAAAUCUUGAGCAAUGAGUUUCAGUCUAAAGAACUGCCAAAUACACGUAUCCAGCCCGAUCGCCGCUGGUUUGGGAAUACCAGAGUUGUGAAUCAAAAAGAGUUAGAAUUUUUUCGAGAAGAGCUCCAAAGCCGGAUGUCAAGCAAUUACAAUGUAAUUUUGAAGGAGAAGAAACUACCUUUAUCUCUCUUGAAGGACAAUGCAAAGCAAGCUAGAGCUCAUCUUCUAGACACAGAACCAUUUGAGGAUGCAUUUGGACCUAAGAGAAAGAGGAGGCGCCCAAAGCUCCUAGCUGUAGAUUAUGAAUCUUUAGUUAAGAAAGCAGAUGGUUCUCAAGAUGCAUUUGAGCAGAAGUAUGGUGCCUCUACUUCCACAGAAGAAGGUGAGGUAGAUGGAUUCCGUGACCUUGUUCGACACAAUAUGUUUGAGAAGGGUCAAAGCAAACGUAUAUGGGGUGAACUGUACAAAGUAAUAGACUCAUCAGAUGUUGUUGUCCAGGUUUUGGAUGCCAGGGACCCACAAGGUACAAGAUGUCGCCAUUUAGAGAGGCAUUUGAAAGAGCAUUGCACGCACAAACACAUGAUUCUUCUGUUAAACAAGUGUGAUCUGAUUCCUGCUUGGGCUACAAAAGGGUGGCUUAGAGUUCUAUCCAGAGAAUACCCAACCCUAGCAUUUCAUGCAAGUGUUAACAAGUCUUUUGGAAAGGGGUCUCUUUUAUCAGUGCUAAGACAAUUUGCCCGCUUAAAAAGUGACAAGCAAGCAAUAUCUGUUGGAUUUGUUGGGUAUCCAAAUGUUGGCAAGUCUUCAGUUAUCAACACACUCCGCACAAAAAAUGUUUGCAAGGUUGCUCCGAUCCCAGGGGAGACUAAGGUGUGGCAGUAUAUAACACUCACUAAAAGGAUUUACUUGAUUGACUGCCCUGGGGUUGUUUACCAGAACAGUGACUCAGAAACAGAUAUCGUGCUGAAGGGAGUGGUACGGGUUACGAACCUAGAAGAUGCUGCUGAGCACAUUGGAGAAGUUUUAAAGCGUGUGAAAAAAGAGCACUUGAAACGAGCAUACAAGAUAAAGGAAUGGGAAGAUGAAAAUGAUUUCUUAGUCCAGCUGUGCCAGUCAACUGGCAAACUUUUGAAGGGUGGAGAACCUGAUUUGACGACUGGAGCGAAAAUGAUUCUUCAUGACUGGCAGAGAGGUAGAAUACCCUUCUUUGUUCCUCCUCCAAAACAAGAAACUGAUGAUUCUUCAGAGGAACCCACUGUGCAUGGGAUAGACAAGGAUGCUGUGGCUAAUAAUAAUCAGGCUGAUGCUGCGCUUAAAGCCAUUGCGAAUGUAAUGUUGUUCCAGCAGCAGAAAAACGUGCCCGUUAAGACGGAUCUGUUCAGUGACAAUGAACUCACUGGUGAGGCAACCAACGUGGUCUCUGAUGGUGAAAUGGUUGGUGAAGUUGAAGUCUCUGAUGAUGAGGUUGGAGCCAUUAGCUCAGAUGAAGAAUGAACCUUUUGUUUUGGGAAGAAAUCAAAGGCUCAUGUUUUGGUAGUUAUGGUUGUAAUUCAAGUGGAACGUGUUCAUAAUUUGAAAGAUUUUUUGACUGAAUUCAAUUCAAUUUUCUGUUUCUCUUGUAAUUCAAGAAUUUAAAAAAGAGAUAUUUCUGAAUAUUGAUUAUGAUAUAUGAUUAAUUUGUUUUAUCUCGAUAAAGAGUAUGUACUCCCCGCUUCACCUUGGCAUUGGGACAGGAUGUCCUUUGUUGCUACCAAGGUGAAUGCAUAUGAACUUGUUAACGGACUCUACGUUACCUAGGAGUAAAUGACUGUGUUUGUGUUUUUGUGUG